AUGGAGCAGGAGCCGAUAGCUCUGGGCCAUGAUGUCCAAGUGGUUGAUCCAGAUGUCCGUGGUUACGUGUACAGUCUGGUAACUGCUUUGGGAGGUUUUAAUGGCGAAGAUGCAGAUCGCUAUGUCUUGGGUGAUGAUGCCCUGGCCUGCCUUCGAGACAUUAAGCGAUGGUUGAAAUUGUACGACGAAAAGAACAAUCGAAUGGAUGUGGCUCGGUGUCUGGGAGAAGCCAAUUUGGUGAAUGGCGACCUAUUUCCCAUUCUGUCAGUUUGGUGGACCAAUGGACAAAAGAACAAGCAUAUGACACGAAUCGCGUUGGCAUGCUUGGAACUUCUCGUGCCAUUGACCUGGCCUGUUGAGUUUCAUAGCCAGAUGACCGUCAAUCACCACCGCCACACACCCUACAUCCAGCAAGCACAAGUCCAAUACAAACGAGGAGCUCUCAAACAUGGAAGCUCUGACCUUCUCCGCGCUAUCAUCCGCAUCGCUCUUCCUAGCAUGGCUAUGCCCCGAUCCGAACGCGAAUCUCGAGACGAAGGCAUUUUGAAGCUCAUGUUGUACUUUAUGCGAAAUAUUGCAAUUAUAUCACCUAAUGCACGUCUUGCAGCCGAUGGCGAGGAGGAGGAGACUUCGAGAUCGGCUACAAUUGAUGCAUUCCAACAACAGGAUGCAUUUGCGCUUAUCCUGACCAUGUGCUCCAAUGUUGGAGAUGACUUCAACUUGCAAGAUGUGAUAUUAUUGGAGAUCCUUUUCCACCUGGUGAAAGGUGUGAAUGUUGAGAAGCUGUUCAUGGAUGAGGAUCAACGGAAGGUCAAGCGCUCAGAUGAACUGGGUGACCUCCUGAAGAAGGAGAACCAGGUACGCAGAGAGUAUGCCAGAAAUGCUCCUACCCGACAUGGACGAUUCGGAACCAUGAUCUGGGUCAAGCGUGACGACGCCAAGGUGUCGACAGUUUCUGGACAGGACGUUUUACGCGACGAUCAAACCACUUUACAGAAGAUGGAUCAAAGUAAGAAGUGGACCAAGCCUCGACCACGCCGCAAGCAGGAUGAUGUUGUUCAGAAUAACAACUUCAACAUGCCUGCUUAUCUUUCCUCCUCAGCGUCCAAGAACCUCCGCACCUUUGUAGAGGAAUUUUUGGAUUCUGGAUUCAACCCUCUUUUCACUCAUGUUCGCAAAGCGAUCGAGCGUGAGGCAGAACGGAUUCUGGAGAUCAAUGUCCGCCAGUAUUUCUAUACCGUUGCUUGGUUCUUAGAAGCUGAGCGCACGCGACGAACUCGACAGAUGAAGCAGCAUAUGGAAGAUGGGAAGAAAGCCAAGGACCUGGAGCCAGAUAGUUACGGUCUAGUAGCCGGCGUUCUGAACCAGGAGACGUUCAUAUCUUUGAACCGUUCUAUGCAGAACAGCCUAGAUAACAAGGAGUGGGAGGAUCUGACUGCACAAAUGCGCUGCUUUACACAGAUUCUGCUGACGGUCCAAGAGAUGGCGGCCUCGAAAAUCGACGAGGACCAGGAAAUUGCGGAAAAUAUCCAAAACCGUAUCUUCUACGAGGAAACCACCCACGACCGAGUUCUUGCUAUCGUGCGAGGCUACAAGGACCAGGGUCUUGGCUAUCUCGAUGCUGCUACCGAGCUCUUCCAUGUCUUCCUCCGUAUGCUCGAACGAUAUUCCAAAGAAAAUGCCGACAUGCAGAUCAGAUCCCGGCGUAGGGCCAAGCGCAAUAAGAAGAAGGCCACCGAGGCUAGCGGGCAAGAUGAUGGCGACAACGAGGAGGCACAAAACUCAGAGGAUGAGGACAUGGUCGAUGCCACGCAGACUGUGAAGGAGCGAGGAUUCGAUUUCAAACGCUUUGCCGCCAAGUUCUGUAACCAGAAAUGUGUGGAUACGUUCGUGGCAUUUACCGAAUUCUACCGCGAAUUGAGCUCGGAGCAACUGAAGCGAGCUCAUCGCUACUUCUAUCGGAUUGCGUUCAAGCAAGAGAUGACUGUCUUGUUGUUCCGCCUGGACAUUAUUAACCUAUUCCAUCGGAUGGUCAAGGGACCCGGUGGCAUAGACUCAAGCAAGUCAGUCUUUAAAGAAUGGGAGGAGCUGGUCCGCCAGCUUAUUCGUCGACUUGUGAAGAGGAUUGACCAGCGUCCUGCCCUGAUCACGGAGUUGCUGUUUAGCAAAAUGAGCUCCACCGUUUAUUAUCUGGAAUACGGACAUGAAAGGCAGACUAUGUCCACCGCUAAGCGUGCCCCAGCCGAGUUAGAAAUUAUUUCCACAGACGCCAGUACGCCUGCAUCCAAGCAAAGUAUCGUGGCCGGUGCACUGGCUCUUGAUGGGCGAGCAGAUCUCGGCAAAUGGGUCGUGGAUGUUCUCAGCUCGGCAGCCUCCGAGAGAGAGUCUUGGGACGCACAAUAUGAGGCGCGCCUUGCAGAGGACCCCGAUACCGAACGCACAGCCUACCCUAUGAUUUAUGUGAAUGCACAGGACGAGUUUUGCCAAAAUGCCAUGUUCGCCAAUGCUAAGCUUCGACUACUCAUGGGGCUGGUUGGAUUUGAGCGACUCGGAGUGGAAGACGUUCCUGGUGCCUCCUGGGUGAUCACACCGACAUUGAAAGCCAGUGAUUUACGAGAAACCAUUUCAAAUCUUAAUCACACCCUUGUCAACCCGAUUCCGGAGGGUAGCGACGAAGACCCUCGCACCCUGCUGCGACGUAAAGACAUUGGCAGCGGCCGGAAUAGCGGAGUACACGAGGCCCUUGAUGUCAACUUUGGUUCAGAGUCUGAAGGAGAAGAAACGGUUCCUGAUGGGAUCAUGUUCCCUCUCAACCCUCGGUCAAAGUCCAGUGCACUGGAUGAACUAAAGAAGAAACGAAAGAAGAAGACCAGAGCUACUUCUGAAGGAGAACGAGAGCCUCUGGAUGAUGAAAUACUAGAGGCUCACCGACAGGCUCGUCUUGCGAAUGCGCUGGCCCGUCAACAAAAGAUCAAGAGUGAAUUGUUUAUCCAUCCUAGUGAUGAAGAGAGCGACGAAGAGGCAGACAGAGAAUUCUUCCGCUUAGAAGAGGAGCGACGAAAGGCUCAAGCAGAGAACAUCAAGACUGCUAUGCUGACUGGAAUUGUGGCCAAGUCCACAGCAAAGGGCAAGAAAAAGGCGAGUGUGCGGAAGCGCAAGAGUGAUGAAGGGAUCUCUGCUGCCGGUAAAUCGAAGAGACGACGACGUGAGUCUGGCUCUGCUGAGAGUGAUGCCGACAGUGACAGUGAUGGUGAUGUUGUCAUGAUGGAUAUGGAUGCCGCAUCGCCUCAAUCCCAACAGGCAGUCUCCACCAGCCAUGGGGCGCAGGAUAACGAGGACACUCCCCUCACGUCCGCGGAGGAUGAUAUGGAUUUUGAUGAAGACUUUGCAUUUGGCGGGAAUCGCCAGACGAAGCCAUCAGCACCUGCCGAUGAUUCAGACGGAGAAGAGGAUACUCCGAUUGCUUCCUCUCGUCGCAUGCGGGGAGGAUUUGUGAUUGAGAGUGACUCAGAGUAA